AUGUGGGGUGCAAAAAUUAGGGCUUUGCCUCUGAGCUCUCUCCCUGCACUCUCAGACUCACUCCAUUGGUGGAGCGUCGCAGGAGUCACCAGAUUCCCUACCACCAUCGUCGAUUGCUGUUCGUGGCCAACAUCGUCAAUCAAGAAGGGUUUAAGAUUUUACUUCAAAGGUUUUCUUAUGGAUGAACAUAGCUAUGAGCUGAGUUUAGCUGCUGUCUGUCAGUUUGGAUUAGUUGCCCUCCCCAGGUCUAUUAUGAUGAAUGCUGUCUUUCCAACAAUUUUUGUAUUUGUAGCAGGGUGUGCUGUUUGUAAGGCAGGAGCUGAAGUGGAAGACAGAAGGGCUGUUCUGAUUUCUGCACUGAGAAGGAACAUGGUCUUUGACUACAUUUCAGCUUGA